GAUCACGUGUUCCCCCGAGGUCACGUGGGUUUCCAGGAAGCGCCGCCGCCACAGGCGGGUCCCGGAGCAGCCCCGGGUCCCCCGAAAUCCCCCAAAACUCUCCGAGCCUCCCCCCCGGACCCCCCCUCGGGCCCCCCGGGAUGGCGGAGGGCGGCGCGCGGCGGCUGCGGCCGUGGCUACUGGCGCAGCUGGAGAGCGGCCGCUUCCGGGGGCUCGAGUGGGACGACGAGGCGCGCUCGGCGCUGAGGGUGCCCUGGGCCCACGGCGGCAGGGCCGGCAGCAGGGGCGGGGCGGGCGCCGCGCUCUGCAAGGCGUGGGCGGAGUACAAGGGGCGGGUGCGGCCCGGGGACCCCCCGGACCCGGCGGGGUGGAAGACGCGGCUGCGCUGUGCCCUCGCCCGCAGCCCCGAGUUCAAGGAGCUGCCCCGGCGGGGCCGCCCCGACGGGCCCUGCCCCUACCGCGUGUACAGACUGCUGCCCCCCAGGGAGUCGAAGCCCCCCAAGGCCCGGCGGAGCCAGAAGGAGUCAGAGCCGAGCCCUGAAGAGCCCCGUCCCCAAAGCCAGACCCCGCCCCCCGACCCCCAGGGCGGGACCCAGGACCAUGGAGAGCCCGCCCAGGCCCCGCUCCUGGAGAUGCCGCCCCUGCGGAUCAUGGUGGAGAGCCUGGAGCCCCUCCCCCCAGCACAGGGUGACUUCGCGCUGCUGCUGCGCCUGCGCCGCGGCCCCGCCGAGCUCCACCAGGUGGCGCUGCCUCCCGGCGAGUACCUGCUGAGUCCUCGCCGCCAGGGGGCGCCGACGCCGGGGGCGCUGCCGCGGGUGGUGCUGCCGGAAGGGGCGGGGCUGGGCCGGGGCUUCCUGCUCAGCAGCGCCCCCCGCGGGCUCUUCCUGCGCGCGCGCCCCGGGGCGCCCCCUGGCGGCGGCGCGGGGACCGUGCGCGGGCCCCACGUGACCGCCGGGCCCAUCCAGCAGGGGGCGCUGCUGCAGCCCUUCGACGGGCAGCGCUUCCGGCACGAGGUGGAGCAGCACCGGGCGGGGCUCGGGCCCCUCCCCCCCCACCGGGUGACGCUGGAAUUGGGACCCCCCGACGGGGACCCCCAGGGCAGGGGGCUCAUGCUGGAGCUUGAACAAGCCUUUGCCCAGCGGCUCCUGGACACCCUGGAGACCCCCCAGAACCCCCCCUGGGCCCCCCCCCGGGCCCCUCCUGGGGCAAUAAAACACUUUGUUUGUGUCAGGAGCUGCCCAACGUGACCCCCCCCGUGC